CGCGCGCCAACUCGUGCGCGCUUCCGUCUCUCCAGCACCCUAAGCGGCAGGACUUGAGCUCUCAGAAAGUGAUGACUUCGCUUAACCGAGUCUAGAUCCGACCCUUCUUCGCCCCCUCUUCAUCCUAGUCUGUGGACAUGGAGGCGCGAGGAAAGUACGACUUUAACGGCACAGCAGAAGACGAGAUCAGCUUUCGCAAAGGCGACAUCCUGAAGAUCCUGGGAUCUCAAGAUGAGUGGCUUAAAGCAGAAAUGCAUGGGCAUGAGGGAUUCGUGCCGAAAAACUACGUGGACAUGCAAAUACCCAGCUGGUUUCAGGAGUGUGCCGGUCGAGGCUCCGCUGAGGAAAUCCUCAUGUCUCGGGAGGUCGGCGCCUUCCUUAUCCGUGGCAGUCAGAGCACGCCAGGAGAUUUCUCCAUCUCUGUCAGGCAUGACACCGAUGUGCAGCAUUUCAAAGUGAUGAAGGACAACAGGGGUCAAUAUUACCUGUGGUCAGAGAAAUUUACCUCUCUCAACAAACUGGUGGAUUACUACAAAACCUCAUCCAUCUCCAAGCAGAGGGAGAUCUACCUGCGGGAUGGCAGCAGAGAUGAACCCAGAACUCCAGCACCUCAUCCGGUGAAGAGAGGCAGCGUUCCUGAGGACAGACCCCAGCCGAUGAUCCCUGGAGCAGCUCCAGCCUCAGCAGGACACCGAUCAACAGAUACCCGUUACACUCAACAGGGUAAAAGAGGCAGUUUGGAGGAGAGAUCUCACAAUUUAGGCCCAGCAGGAAGGAACAGUCCCAUCAGUAAUGUUCCACCUCCCCGACGACCUUCUGACAACAUACCUGCACCGAGACCAGCUGUACAGGUGAGAGCGCUGUACGACUUCACAGCAGAGGAAGAGGACGAGCUGGGCUUUAGCGCUGACGACAUCAUUGAAGUCCUCGAUCGCGCGGACUCUUCGUGGUGGAAGGGGCGACUGCGUGGAAUCGUCGGACUCUUCCCUGCCAACUAUACCACUCCGAUCUAGUUUACCUAAUCGAACGUACCCUCGAAAACUUUUUCUUCUGUGUCAUGAAGGUGGAAUCGCUUACAAAGUCGGACACAGUUUUGAUAUUACUGGUUAUAAAGACACAGACAAAGUGAAAUUUUCUGUUGCUUAAGUGUGUAGCCAUUCUAAUGACAUACCAGGUAAUCCUUGUUUCCAUACUUUCAGAUGGUGAUUUUAACAAAUGAGGUACGAUUAGGCCCUGGUUAAUAGAAGCACAAGUUUAUUCCUUCCAUUUAUAUAUUAUUGCCCUAAUUUUACUGUAGUUUAUAUGGAAUCAUACACAAACAGACAGGUGAAAUCUGAGGAAUAAAUGUAAAUAAAAAUGACGGAAUUGGUAGAAAAUCAUAACAAGUGCACAUGUCUUCCUUACUAAAUUCCAAAGGCUUCAUUAGCUGAAUCCAAGAGACCAACAAGGAUCUGAGUUUGACACUUUUGCCUGACAUGUAGAAUCACUGCAAAUCAUAAAAAACAUCUGACUUAUCACCUGAUCAGUACAUUUCUAUCAUGAUUAAAAUAAUCUCGUUUAGCAUGACGAUGCCUCCCUAUUGAUAAUUUGGACAAAGCUUUUUUGGCAGCUGGUGACUGUCCAACACCUUAACAAAAGUAUUUUUGUUUCUUGUUUCUUUAAAUUCUCACCCAUCUGUAUAUACUAUUAUUGUAUGAUCACAUAUUAAUGUGAUAUUUUACUUUAUCCUAUUAAAACUGACUCCACGACUAGAA